GGACGUUCUCGACAUUUGCCUUCUUUGGCUUCCGCCACAACCUGAUCGCAGCCACACUAUGUCAACCGCGACUGGCAGGAAAGAGGACGAAGAUGAGAUUCCUCAGCUCGAGAAGCCGCCCUCCCCGCCUCCACAUACAACCUUUGCUGCACGAGGAGUUCUUAUUCCGACGUUCUCUGCAUUUCGACCUCGAGACAUGCGGAUUACGUCUUCCCAGGCCAUGACCCAUGUUGCGUGGAAUGCAGACGGGAGAAAACUUGCUGCGGUCGGGAUAGACAGGAUCGUGAGGGUGUUCCAGCCAGAGAAAAGCUUAGAGAUGCGAUCGGCUACCUUGUAUUCAGGGGGGCACUCAGACGACGUGGACUACGUAGCCUGGCAUCCAAUACACUCCGAACUCUUCUGCAGUUCGAGUCAGAGGGACAGAAGAAUCACCUUUUGGGAUGCACGACAGAGCCGCCACGUUCAGCAGCUGAGCUUGAAGUAUUCUCCUUUGGAGGUCAUUUAUUCUCCCGACGGGCGACGGAUUAUGUGCGUUUCAACAAAUACUCAACUCAUUUUUUUGGAGUACGGAAAAAGCGGAGAUGACACAAAGGAGUCUUGGCACCCUGUCAUAAAAGUUGAUAAAGGCACCGGACAUAGUCCAACAGCGUCUACCGCCAUAUUCAACCAUACGGGCGAGGAAAUUAUCUCCAGUAACCACAACACCCAUUCGCUGCGUACUCAAGAUUACGAAACCUUCUCGGAUAAGCAAAGCGUUCCCGCUCACGUUGGUGGAUGUUCGACCAUUGCCCUUGACCCUAGAGGACGCUAUAUAGCGACCGGCAGCUACGACUCCAUUGUCAAUCUAUUCGAUACGACCGAGUUGAUAUGUGUCCGCACCAUUGCGGCGUGCGAUAAUGCCAUCACAGCACUCAGCUUCUCUUACGACGGCGAGUUCUUGGCUAUCGCCAAUACCGGAACCUAUAUCGAUAUUUGCGCUACUGAGACCGGCGUGCCUCUUCAUAGGGUGCCCGCCCUAGCACCUUCAUCUGCGGUGGCUUGGCACCCUUGGAAACAUGCAAUUGCUUACUGCGGGCAAACCAAAGCCAGGGAAGGUGGUCCCCCUCCUGCAGCAGUCUUAAGUAUUUUCGGCGCGACCUGAGUGAGUACAUGUGGAAGGCUUCUGCUAUUUUGUAAAAGGUGUACUAGGUUAGUGUUCAUUUAC